UCCAAAGUCAAAUCUGGAUUCGCUCUUGUCUCCCGCCGGGCCUCAGGUAUUCCAAUGUCGCUCCGGUCGACCUCAAACACCUGGCAACUUUGUCUUUUUUAGUAAACAACUUGACAAUCUUUGUCAUUGAAGAAUAUACGAUACUAAUGGUCGAUUGAUGAAUAAGGAAAAACGGUGGGUAUUUUUUCUUCAUUCGUAGAGACGUAUCAAACGAGCCCAGUGGUUGAUUCGAUCAAACAAUUUUCUCGUGUGAAGAACCUACGAGGGCUCCUAACCUAUACCGUAUCAACCAUUUUUACAGGUGUUGGAAUUUUAACGAAUUUUGACAGGGUACUAAAAGCGCAUAUGAUAAUAAACGUGACACAAUUACAACGUGCUGCGAUACAACAAUACAAUUAUAAUAUCUCACGACACACAGAAGAAUGUAGCUUGUCUUUUUCUUCCAUUGGCGCUACAACCCCUUAUAAGACUUAGGCCUCUCUGACGUACGCAUAUGGCGCGUGCAGAUUAUACACAUGCAUACAGGACCUACAGUCAAACUCCGGUUCCGAACGGCAAUUGGAAAAGAGGUUAUCAUAGCAUGAAUACUCUUUGGUGGUUCGCCAGAUCACCGAAGAGGCGCCGCGAGCGCGUGAACAAUUUCUCCGGCUCUGCCGGGAAAUCGAAACCGGGACUUCUGGCAUAGCGGACAAACUGGUGCGCUGUUUACCAUGCGACACUCAUGGAGGUUAUGAGCUGUCAUAAAAUUACUCUCAUUUUGGACUCUGCCGUCAUAUGAGCCGCUGAGCAAUUUGUAGUAUGACCGAAGUUGCUCCCGCGUGCAUCAUGGCGGAAUCCGAAGGUACAGGCGCCACCCUGGAGUGGAUGCGUCCCGACCAGGUGAUGCGGCUGUACCGUAUGAAAGUGAAGAAGCGUUACCUGCAGGCGCGCAUAACGCGCAGUGAGGCGAGCGAUAGCCAACUACAGCCUACCGGGGAUCCCGAUCAGUUUCAUUUCAGUGUUCCGCAACGCUCGCAAAAGCGCAAGAACCCGUUCGCGAUCGGUGAGACGUGCAAGAAGCAGAAGGACGAGCUGCCGACCGGAUUGGAGAUCAGCAACGACAACACGCUGUUCGAAUUGUUUCACCUCGAGGUCCAGCGGGAGAAGCAGACGGCCGAAUCGCUGUCUUCGGACGGCUCGCUGACGUUCGCCAACGUUCUCUCGAAAUUGGAAUCCAGCGUGCACACCGCCGACGUGGGUGCACCGAAGGGCGAGAAGUGCAUUCCCAUCGAUUGGACGUUGAAGACCAAGAUGAAGUUUCUAUCUCUGAGGCCCUUCCCGUGGAACGGAAAGCUGAAGACGAGCGAGGAAGCGUCCGGUACCACGGGAUUCGUCAGGUGUCUGAAUAUCCGCGAACAGGAGACAACGUUGGACACGAGUCCGAACGCGAGGUUUCACCAGUGCUGCCUGAUAUGGCAGCAUCCGUCGCUGCCGUGGCUGGAACUGUUUCCCCGCACCGCCGGCAAAGUGAGCGCCAGUCUGGCGAGCAACGCAUCGAUAGCCAACAGUCAGUACAUGAAGGAAGCGCUGCACGGGGACUGGCGCGACAGUUUCAGAUCCCUGUUCCACCUGCUGCGCGCGAGACAGUGUCCCUACUUUUACGUGUGCGCGAACACGUUCACGGCGCUCUUCCGCGCCGCCGGUGUCUGCGGACUGUCGGAGAUGCACGCGCUCCUCACGCCCACGACGCGCGGAUUCCGCCAGGCGUUGAAGCAAGAAGAAAUAGAAUACUCCAUGCCUUUGAGGAAGGAUCAAAAGAGACGGUCCGGGACUGACAGCGACAGCAGGACCGUGGACGUCGGUAUGUCGAAUUCGGGGACAGCGGAACAUCGGGAAGGGGCUGGCGAUUACGAGGAGCUGGAGGAGGAGGAGGACGAGGCUCAGGACGCGUGGCUCGAAAGUCUGGGCGUGGAGAACUCGGAGAUCCGGAAGAUCAAUCAUUCUCAGGCGAGGGUGACGUUGGAGAAGGAGAGCGAGGGGGACAACAUGAGGCAGUCUCUGGUAUUCGUCAAAGGCGUGGAGGCCCAGGCGUUAUUUAACUUCCUGAUCAACUGCAAGUCGGCCACAGCGACUACCGGCGCGCUGGCCGGCGUCCCUCCUACGCUCCUCGCACCGACGGCCUUUCACGGCGCUUCGUUGAAACCGCUCAAGGUCCGAGAAAGCAUGGUGCACGUUAAGAACGAGCAGUAUCACUCCCUCGAGCUGAAGGGACCGCUCUUGCCGCACGUGUUGCCCUCCCUCUGCCACUUGAUGGAGUCCAGUCAGUUGGAGCAGUACUCGGCGAGCUGCGCGCAACUGCCGGCGACAACUUCCUUCUCCGUGGCGAAGCACGGCGCUGGUGAAGCGGCUGUCGUGGAAGGGGAAGGUGCCGCGAAGAUGCCGCCCAAUAUCUUCGGGCAGGAAAACCUGAGCGACUGUGGCUUCAGUAAGGAGCUGUUGAGGCACUUCUGCGACCCCGACCCGGCCAGGAUAGAGGUUUUGGAAAGCUUGAAGUUCUCCAACGGAUUGUACACGUGGUCGUGAUGGCUCGCGAGGUUCAGAAAUACGCGUCUGAAUGCGCGCGAGAUUUAAGCAACGAGAGAGAGGCAGUCCACGCUUCGUCCUUAGCAGGGAGAGAUGGAAUCAAGUACACUUCGAGUGAUGCUUCUCUCUCUCUCUCUCUUUCCCCGAGUUUUUCAUGAGUAUGUUGUGCGGGACACGACUGAAUCGAUGUAAUCGAAACUUUCUGAAAUAUACGCGAGAUCUUCGCGAGUAGCUUGAAAUGCGGCGAAUUCAAGGGCGACACGUGGCGAUAUAUUUGCAAGAGGUUACAUGGAAAAAAAUUGUCUUACAAAUCAACGAUGGAUAUUCUAAUAUGUAUGCAAGAAUAUAAUAAUAUCCUUAGAAGAUUUUUAAUCUUGAAUUGAGUGCAAAUAAUAGAGAGAGAGAGAGAGAGA